UCCCUCUCCAUGCCUUUUGUCUCUCUUCCUUUACUUCUUCCUCUCCUUUCCCUUCAUCUAUUUAUAUCUUUCCUUCCAAGCUCAAUCCACACAAAGACUAGGGUUUGCAAAGUAAAGAAAAUAAAAACUUGGGUUUUCUACGUCUUCUUCUUUCUUCUUCUCUUGUCUAUAAUGGCUCCCGCGGCUUCUACAAGAUGGUCUCCGACACCAGAGCAGUUGAUGAUUCUAGAAGAGAUGUAUAGAGGUGGAGUUAGAACCCCAAAUGCUACUCAAAUCCAACAGAUUACUACUCACCUCUCUUUCUAUGGAAAGAUUGAAGGCAAAAAUGUAUUCUAUUGGUUCCAAAACCACAAGGCUAGGGAAAGGCAGAAGCUUAGGAGGAAGCUAAGUAAACAACUUCAGCAACAACAACAACAACUCUUUCAUCGUCAUCAGAUGCAACAAAAUAAUCACCUUGUUCAUUUCUUUGAUUCUUCUGUCUCUCCUGGUCUUUCCUUCUACAGCCCUAAUACAGGUUUUCUUCCUCAGCUGGUUGGAAUAUUAGAUCAAGAUGGACAGACAAAGGUUAUGAACUACACAUGGAAUAAGGUGGACGUCCCAGAAAAAGGAGGGAUGAUGGACAAGUCCAUGAUGAGCAUGUAUGGCAGUGAUUGGCUGAUGAUGAUGGAUGUGAGUCCCCCUCUUUCUCCAUGUUGCAAAAGGCCACCUCCUAAAACUCUUGAACUCUUCCCAGUCUCUGCCUCAAAUCUCAAAGAAGAAUGCAAGCUGCAGGAGGCACCAACCCAGCAAAACCCAUGUUCUGUCUGAAAACCCUAGCUAGGGUUUGAUGCCGCAGAAUUUUUUUAUAAGCUUUUAGGCUCUAGGUGUACUUUAGUUAGUUUCUAUUGCCUUGGUUUUUGUAAUAAUAUUGCAAUGUGUAUGUUGGGCACUGGAACUGAAGAAAAAAGAUCUGAAUUG